AUGACAAAUUUUGGCAAUUAUUAUAAAUUAAAUAAAGCAAAACAAACUGUUACUUGUGGUAGUUCAAUGUUUUUACAAACAUUAAUCGAUAAAUUAGCCAUUGAUGGUUAUGCUCUAUCAAAUAUGCCGGGCUACGGUGGAAUAACAAUUGCUGGCAUUUUACAGGUAAUAAUAAAAGAUAAGGUCUCUUCUUCACAGUAGGCAUUCCGGUAGACAUUCAACCAAAAAGUCGAAUGUGAGCUUUUUUCCAGAUUUAAUCAGCGGACAAUAAACAUUAAUAUAUGGCCUAUUUAUUUCAUACUAACUUUAUCAGUGUAAAGUUUUAUAAAUCUUAUCUGAGCCAGAUAUGUAACCGGCACCGCAACCGCUAGUCCGAUCAGCAAUUUCCGACCGCUCGGCGAGAAAAACAAUGUUUGUUUGUCUGAAAAAUAAGUGCUUUGUCGAAAACGGACUUCCUGAGGUAAGGGAAGCCGUCCAAAUUCACCGGUAACUGGAUAGGACAGAAAAUUCAGAACAGUAUUAUUCAAUAUGCCUGAAAAAAAGAAUAUGGAACUAUCGUAUAAUAGAAAGAACAUGAAUAGGAGCUCUCAGAGUACAUUUGGAACUUUUUGAUUAAUCAUAAGCGAAUAGCAUGUAAUGUCGGCUACAAAGCGAACAAAUUGGCCUGACAUCAGUGGCUAUUUUUUGUUUCGAAAGAAAAUAUGUUCUAUGCGCAUGAAAUAUGAGCGUGCAGAAAAAGUAAAUUUGAACAAAACAAAACAAGCUCAGACAAAAGAAACAUACAAGCAUCAUCUUUGAUGUAUUGAGUUUAGGUAAAAAGAAAUGAUGUUUAGUAUAAGAGAUCAUUAAAAUAAAACUUUCAAUAAUAGAGAUUACACAACUGAGUCAAUGUAACAUAGGAACAACGAUCGAUCGGAAUAACGGGGGAACAGACGAAUAGCAGAAUGACGACCGACUCGAAUUAUUUUGACGCGUCCCCCAAGUGUUGAAUACUGUGAAAAUCUACGCAGAGCUCUUUCCACCCCAAAACUCAUUUGUGAGUCGAGAAUCCUCUAUCAUCCGUUGUUGCAGUAACGAACAGAACACUCAUCCAAACCAUUUUAGAAAUUGAACUAACAAUGAUCCUGUUUUCUUUUUGAAUGACGAGCAAUUUUCUCGCAAUCGAUUCUAUGUAUGCGUACGACUAAACGGAAGCAAAAAGAUGAAAGAUAAAAGGAAUAUGGGUUUAUAUAUAUUUUAUUAUAUGCGUUACAUAUUUUUCUUGACUUACUACUUCUAGUAGCUUAAUCUUCUCUUUCCGCUAUGACCAAGCAUAGGUGGAGAAACCAUGAGACUCUGUAGGUUUGAGCCUCACUAAAUUUGAGAAAAAAUUAGAUUUUCUCUGCUAAAGACUUAUGAGUUUGAAAUAUUUACAAAAGAAAGGCUCCUACAUGAAUGCGGGAAAUCAAAACUUCAUGCUAACAAACCGUUACAGUUAAGAAAUGAGAAUAUCUCAGUCAACGCCACAGCCAGCCUGUGAAAAGUGAUUUCAUACUAACAUGGAUGAGAUUUUUUUAAAUUCAUAAUACCUCUAAACGAGGGGAAAUUUCGAGCCUGUUUACGUUUCAAAACGCUCCGCCGCGUCUGGCCAAUAAUAAUAAAGAUUCAAACAGAAAGCUACCAUCGAUCGAAGAGAAAGUCGGAAGUUCAGGAAGUAGCCAAAUUCCCAAAAAAUGGUGGAUAAUAGCAUUAAUAAAAUGACUAGUAUUCGAAAAGAGCUUGAUGAACAGUGAAAAAAGUUGGAUCAGGUUAUUACGAAAUUACAAUUAACUGUAAAUGUGCGAGUAACAGCAGUUGUUUUCAAAAUGAAAAGCUGUGUUUUCACAAUAGCUGCUGAUACUCUCACGUUUACAUCCAAAUUAUUACCUCUCAACAAGUAAAAUACAAUUAAAUGUAUCGGUAAAUGACCAUAAUAUAACUAGUUUACAAAUGAAUUAUUCCAAGCAUUCGCAUCAAAUGUUGUGAUUCCAAGGAUUUGGUUCUUUAAAAAGAUAAUAUAUUGUUUAAUUGGAAAAUUCAGAGGCUUUUUGUUACAGCUGUUAUAACUGUCAUACAUCUCAAAAUAAAAGAAUUUAGGUCAAAAACCAUCUUAACCCUGAAAACAUCCCUGUACAAUCAUACACAAUAUUACUAAAUGUAAGUUAAUUAUAUCUGCUGUCGAAGAUUAUAGAUGAUGCGUUUCCUCUCAUAGAUAUAAUUAUUAUUAUCGAAGUUUCUUCGAUAAAUGCCACUAUACCAGAAUAAUGACUGUAAGAGAAUAUUAGUGCUAUUUUUGAAAAAUAAUUAAAAAUUACUACAAUAGAAUAUACACUCCAGUUCAGUUAAUUAUUCCCAUGAGGGUAAUUUUUGUUGAAAACUUGCGAUAUAUCGAGAUAUUAUGCUAAAUGUGCUGAAAUAUCGCGAUAAUGAGCAACUCUGGCGCGAUAUAAAAGCGAGUGUAGUUUAUGGCAGUCUCUCGAUAAAACGCAGUUGGCAAAACUAUCGCGGUAUACAAGUCAUUUAGCGUUGUAAAUACCAGUAUGUCAAUAAACCGCGAUUAAUAUUUAUCGGACUUUAUCCUGAUAAAAGUACUAUCGUUGUAUGUGUGAUCUUUAUCUC